AUGGGGGUCGACACCCGCAGACCGAUUCUUCCCGCCCCCACAGAAUCCAUCAUCGAUACGGGGGAGAGUACAACGGGCACUGAUCUGGCAACUGACAUUUCUCGCCGCACAGACAAAACGUCGUACUCUAUCCCCGACGACGGAAGCCCCAUAACUGUCUCCACCCGGCGACAGCGGGACCGCGAAGACAAGGUGCCUCGCUCACACCGCGACUCCCGCGACUCACACACCUCGCUAUUAAUCGAGUACUUCGAAGGGGGCAAAGGAUCAAGCGGCAUUGUCUCUCGCCCCAGCGUUCGAGUGCGCGUGACACCAUCUUCGUCGAGAAAGUCGAAAGAAAAGAGAGACCACUUCCAAGUGACGGAAACCAGCGGAAGCGGCAGCCGCAAACCUUCAUAUACCCAUCGAAUUUCCUUGCCGUCACCAUCAUCAAAACAGCGACAAUUGGAAGCGGGGACGGCGGAUGAUCAAAGUGUCAGCUCCCUUUCAGCCGAGGAGGAGGGUCAUCAACCAUCACGUCAGCCGGUAGAUAUCGAAUUUGUCAAUCGCGGACUGGACAGUGAAAUGUCUACCCUUUCGCAGGAUACUCGAUAUAUGCCCGUUUCAUCAGACGUCUCGUCGAUGCCACCGGACAGUAUGAUCAAUGCAUCGUCAGCAGGCCCUCGGCGCAAACGCAGCCAGAGCCUUGAGCGCGGGUCGCCUCGCGAAGAAAAGGACUUGCUGAAAACCCCACACCGGAAACGCAGCCGCAGCCUCAGUACAGAGCGUAUAGCUCACCGUGUCGCAGCGAAACUUGCCGAGCCACAAGAAUCAUCCGACGGCAAGCGCAGGACUAAGAGUAAGAGUGGCAAGGAUUACCUGGAUGCUGAACCCAAAUCAACAUCCCGCCGCCGCAGACACAGGCAUGCAGAGGAGGACAUGGCCAGCCCCGAAUCCAGCCUUCUCAGCACAUCUGCGGUAUCCAAGUCUGAUCAGUACUCGGUUCGUUCCGGGGCAUCCAAGUCCUCGCUCAACAACCCAAAACUACUUGAAACAGUGGAGGAUGCCAUUCGAAGAUUGAUUCUGCCUGAGCUCAAGGAACUCAAGAAAGACCAGAAAGUCAUGACCAACAAAAGCAAGUUCGACCGGGAUAUGGCUACAACUCAGUCGUCGGGCACCAGCUCCAGAGACGGGUUGGGCCGAAGUCUUUCUAAACAUGCCAGCGCUCCCGAUGUCAUGAAGCCCAAGGUAGUCCUCAACAAGGACAGCAAGGACGAAGGUAUUGUGCUCUCGGGAUCUGGUUCGGGCGAGCCAGCUCCACCAACCAAGGAACGCAAGUCAAGCAAAAGCAGCGAGACUUCUGAUAUGGCGAUGCGAUGGGCCAAUCGACCCGACUUCACCGAGCAGGACAAGAUUCGAAGACAAAAGAGCAAGGGGUUGCGUGAUGCGCAUGCCGCUGCCCGGGUUGGAUCUGCUCUCACCGCGGCUUCGUUGAAACACCACGACUCGAACUCCAGUCUGGACAAACAAGAGCAUCGCAGCCGCAAGAGCAGCUCCCGAAAGAGCAGCGAGAGUAUGAAGUACAACGAAACCGAACUCGUCUUCCAAAAGCACAAUGUUGCCCCGAUGCCCAUGCGCAGUGAGAUGGAAUCUCAGCUGACCAGAACAUCUCUGCUCUCCGAACGCACCGAGAGUCCAGCUCCGCAGAAGCGGGUUUCUCAACUCGACCUGGCUCGCGGGCCAUCAAGGCAAACUGCUUCGCCCGCCUCUCGUGCCCCUACCCGAAACUCCGUUGACUCUCGUCGAAGUCUUGGAAUGCGCCACGAGAACCAGUCCCACAACAAUCUUUCGCUUCACAGUCUUCACAGUGCGUCGGAUCGCGAUUUGCAUGCCAAGAGCCAAUCCCCCGGCACUGAUGGCGGUGAUUGGGCCAUUGCGGCUGCAGCUGCCGCUAAUCUUCUUGACGCUGCCCACCCUGGACAACAUGAUACGGCAGAUGAAUAUCACCAUGAUGACAUGGACCGUGGAUUGAGUCCUAUCCAAAGCGUCGCAAGUGGCCGCACUGAGACUUAUCACGAUCAGUACCCAGCUGAUAGCGAGAUCCAUGGUGAAGGAAGGCGCGAGAUGGAGCCUCGACUUUCGAUCGAUACCCUUUCAUCCGCACCAAGCACUAAUCUCGCAAGAUCAACCCGGCUGGGAACAAACAGCAUGCAGAGUCAAAGCGGAAUUUCCAAACAGGGCAGCCAAGAAUCGCCUGGACUUGGCUAUGAGCAUUCGCGCCAGGGCUCUCGGGAUGACGGAUUCUUUGGUUACGCCGAGGAGAGCCGAAUUACUGCCAACGAUGAUAGCGAGGUUGAUUUCAUGGACAAGCUCCGAGAAGGCCAUGAAGUCGCUACUGGUGCCGCUGCCAACCCAAAGUUCAUCCACCCCAUGGCUGUUGAGUCUGCGGUUGCCUCUCUGAUGGAUCCAUCUGUGCUCGAAUCACAGAUCGAAUCUCAGCUUUCUUCUAGCACCACUCGCUCACAAACCGAAUUGUCCCAACGACCAGGCAGUCGGAGUCCCGAAAAGCCAUCCAGCGAGUACCGCGGAAGCCCCUUGAAGCAGCGUCAGGACGCGGAUGAGAAUUCAUUCCCUCGACGCAUGGGUGCUUCGUCGCCCCCACAAAGUGUUACGCAAUCCUACGAGGAUCUUGACGGCUCUACCCCGUUGGGCGCUAGCGCCCCUAGGGGAAUGGACAGCCCUCUUCAAGAUGAGCAGAGUCAGCUCUCGGAAUCCGAAAUCAACACCAACCCCUCAAUCAUCCAAGGUCCCGGAGGUGGCGCCCAAGGAGACCACUGGGGUUAUGACUCGAGCCCAGCACAGGCGGAUCAGUACUAUGGCAACACCUCUGGUGGACCUAGGAGUCUUGAUGCCGAGUACUACCAGACCGCCAAUGAUAUCUUUGGUGGUGACGACUUAUCCAUGCACUCUCACGAGGCCGCUCAGCCCCGGCCACUGUUUGGCACUCCUCCAGGGGCCAAGGACGAAGGCUACGUAUCGGCUGCGAACCCCAUGUCGCCCAGUAUCGGAACUCCAAAGCAAGGUAGCCGAGGCAUGGCUGGUCCAGACGUCCCUGGCAUGGGGGGUAUGGAAAGCCCUGCUGGACCCGAUGAUCCUUUCGCCGCCGGCCACCAACGCCACUUCAGCGGUUACUCACACGGUGUCAGCUCGCCUCUCUACGACAGUGCCACAGGCCGCGGUAUUGAGAGAAUCCAGUCUCAAGACAUUGUGGCUCUUAUGGAUCAUUUGACUGUUCGCGAUGCGCAGCGAAAUGCCAGAGACACCGAGAUUCUUGUGACUCUCGUUCGCAGUGCCGCUGAGAUGCGCACUUCCUUCGAGCAGAUGAAGCGGUUCAUUGCUGAGCAGGACGACCUCAUCAUGGACACCAGCGACAGAGGACAUGAGCGCACCCACAAAGCCCUGGGUGGUCCUCGCCCGUUGCCUACGAGCUCUUCCCGCAAUCGCCAGUUGAACACAGCCGACGAAGAAGACAAGCGCAAGAACAUCUUCAAGCGUGCGCUCAAGGGACUGAGUCUCAAGUCGGGUGGCGAUUUGACCAAGAUCGAAGGAAUGCUUGAGCAACUGCUUGACGAAGUCGAGGCUCUCCGAGAAGGCCAAGAUGGCUUUGGCCCUCGCACAAGCAUGAGGCCGGGAAGCAUCGAUGGCGGCUACGACGCCGCCGGUCCAAACGGAGCCCCGAUUGAGACAAGCCGAUCCCCCUACGGAGCCAGUCCCUCUCGUCCGGCAAAUGGACAGCGCAGAGAUUCGGAUCAGCGAGUCAGCACGGUCCAUGAAGUCGACGAAGAAGAUCUUGAGCUUGACGAGGGCGACGACUUCCUGACGUCUCACCUCCCCAUCCGUGAUCAGCCUCGCCACGAGCGCUCUGGUUCUCUUCCCCUAAACACACCACCUCGCAAGCCAGUGGCCUCAGGAGCCCGCAGCACUGAGACUACCCCCAAAACCGACAAGGCUCGCAAGCACAAGUCGAGCAGCUCCUCUAUCUUCCCCAAAAUCUCUCGCUGGUCCAAAUCCACCGCCACCUCCAUGGGCGACGGUAUCCGCAACAGCAUCCAGCCCUCCCGCAAGGAGCGUCCAUCCUACGACCAAUCUCGAUCAGGAUCUGACCUUGCCAAUGAUGUCUACAAAAACGACUACUACGACCCUCAAGGAGACGACAGACUCCGAUCCAACUACACCCUGAACGAGGGACAGGAGAACCGACCUCCCUCCCCAUUGGUGCCCUCCCAGGUCUCCGAGAUACCCAAAUACCGUGGUAACCGCGGUAGCCUCGAGCUCCAGCACCCCCAGCCCCGUCAAGGUCCAACUGGCCGCUACCAGUCCCGUCUGGAAAGCGAAGCCCAGACCUACGGCGGCCCUAUUUCCCCAGCCGGCUCAGACCAGUGGGAAUCAAACCCCAGUCUGACCGCUGCCAACCCCACCACCAACCCUAACCGCCACAGCGGUGUCAGUGGCGCCAGCCGUCUUUCCCCCAUCUCCGACGCAGGCUACUCGGAGAGCAGCUCCCGCGCUGACCGAACUCCCGGCCCUCCCCGUCCUCCCAAAGUCAAGGACGAUGGCCCUCUAAUCCCCGAGCGUCCCGCGAAGCUACCAGAGGAUGACGACACUUACGGCGGCGACCGCGUUGUUUCAAGAAGCUCCGCUAUCCGCUCCCCUCCCGGACGCAAGCCAACUGGCCCUCGCCCACUCACAUCCGGCGGCGGCUCCUAUAGUCCAGGAAACAUCAAGCGAAGCCGUUACCGAGGCAGUCCCAUGCAAGAUUAUGAUGAAGAUUAUUAA